AUGUACUCCCCCUAUCCACGUCAGAUGUAUAUGGAUAGUGACAUAGGCGGUGGUGGAACAACAGCUGCAUUUCGACCGCCACCACGAGCACUGAUCACUUACGAGGUGGUAGAAGCACAACACGACGACCUGAUGCCAAUCUCCAGUGCCUCCCAACUCCACUACCUGCAGGACUCGCCAUCCAUUCCCGACAUUGACCUCAAUUCAACGGAAUCCAUUGCUGAGGCGCAACAUGUCAGCCCUCGACUUCGCCGUAUUGCCUUUCGUAAUCCCACACGAAAAUUAUCCGCACGGCAACAAAUUCUGGAUGAAGACGAAAUGAUUAAGAUACCAAGUCCAGAAAAACUGAAUAAUAUGGUGCAUGGUGUGGGAUUGAAUGUUUAUUCCACGGCAGUCGCACCGCAGCCUCAUACGCCACAAACACCGCAACCGCCAUAUACACCCAACGGGUCGCGAUUUACUCAGCCCACCGCAUCUCCCCUUUACUCGAACGAUAUGAGAUCUCCACCGUUGAUGUCGCCAACCCAGGCUCCAAUGGCACCUCAAGCUGCAAUACCACGUCCAAUGAGCAAUGGUGACAUGGUCACGCAACCAAUACGAUUGGUUCCGGCCCCUCAACAACCAAUUAUGCCUAGCCAAUUUUUCACUUAUGAACCGAAUUUUAUGAUCAAUAUACAUCCUGAUAUUUGUCUUGCGGGUUGUGUGUUGCAUAUGUUUGACAUGGACCGAAUAUUUACGGAUAAAUUGGAUUUGCCAAGUAUCGUGCUGGCCAUACGAAUGCAUGGCGGAGAUAUUGAAUUUGGAGCAAAAGCAUAUGCGGAACGGUCAUCAGCUAUCACACACGUCAUCGUGGAUUCGAUAAGGACUCAGCAUGCACAUUUGGCUUUGAAAGAUCGUAAACGUUUGGUGACAAUGCAAUGGCUGGUAGAUGUACUGUUGAAGAAACAAAUGGAUGUGCCGUGGCGGCAUGCCCAUCUGCCGUCAGUGUUCAUAGAUGGCUGCAGACCGCUUCUGGGCAAAUUGGUCUCAUUCUCUGGAUAUGACGAAAGUGAACGGGCUGCAAUGAAAUUCAUGGUGGAGGCAAUGGGUGCAAGAUUCACACCCUAUUUAAGCCGUCACAACAGCCUCCUGAUCGCCAAGGCUGCUGGAGUUGAAAAAGUGGAAAAAGCACGUGAAUGGGACAUUCAAGUGGUAAAUUAUCAAUGGCUAGCUGAUAGUUAUGCUGGUUUAAGGGUAGAUUCUGAAAAUCAGCGAUAUCAGGUUGGUCAGCCAUGUGAAGGUGUAUCACCAGGUCCCUAUGUCUUGGAAACAAUGAAUGACCAAUUCAAACAACUUUUGCUUGCCUGGAAAAUGCCGGUGAUCGUAUCCCCAGAGCAAUGGAGGCGUUCGUUUGAUGCCAAACAGGCUGUUGAGAAUGAUGAGGGUGUAUUUCCGAAUAAGAAGCUGCGAAUGCAGUCUGCACCUCCCAGUGAAGCAGAAAUUGCUGCAAAAGCACAAGACUACAAGAAGUUUGGCGAUACGUAUCCCUCCUACGUGGUUGCUUUCAGUGGGAUCGACGAUGAAAAUAAACACGUCUUAACCCAGAAACUACGGUAUCUGGGUGGACGAGCGGUGGAGGAGGUUUCUGAGUGUACACAUCUGGUGACGACGAAUGGCAGACGCACGGAGCGACUAUUGGAAGCGAUCUGUUUGGGGAAGAACAUCGUGAAUCCUUACUGGAUAGUGCACGGAUAUGAGUGCCGGCAGUGGAUGGGCAAAGCAAAAACUACCUCUUUUUUCGAUCCUAAGGUAGAAGUUUUCUUUACCAGCUUCCAAGUCGGAUACACUCGAUUACUUCCUGCAUGA